AACGGUACCCUCUACGUUCAAUUGCCGUGGGACCAGAAAAAGGUGGAACUGGAGUCGGUCGCCUUUGCCUACAAUGUCGAGAAACGACAAAACACGUCUCUCAAAGAGGUCUAUCGACAGCAUAUUUCCACACGCCUCGAUGGAUUGAUUGCUUCCGGACAUCAUUUUGGGGCACUGGUCCUCGAGCCACUCGUGCUAGGUGCCGGUGGGAUGCGGUUCGUAGACCCCCUCUUCCAGACCGUCCUGGUCGAGACCGUUCGCUCCCGCAGAGACCUCCUUCCCGAAAGCAAAACCUCAAAUCCUCCCAACAAGAUUGCGACGCUGCCAGUCAUCUUUGACGAGGUAUUUGCCGGUCUUGGGCGGCUAGGCUUUAGUUCACCGUCGACAAUACUCCGAGCCCAACCGGACAUUGCUGUGUAUGCCAAACUCCUCACCGGUGGUCUAUUACCUCUGGCGGCCACGAUAAGCACGAACGCUAUAUUCGACGUUUUCCUCGGAGAUCACAAAUCCAAUGCCCUCUUGCAUGGCCACUCGUAUACUGCGUAUCCAGUGGGUUGUGCCGUUGCUUGCAAGGCUUUGCAGCUACAAGAAGAAGCGCUAUCCAGUUUGACGUGGUCGGAGGCUAGGGAGAAAUGGGCUACAGCCUCCUCCUCCUCUGACAAGGGGCCAACAACCGACGAGGUCUCAGAUGCUGUAGCGUGUAUAUUGGCAUUUGAAGUGGAAGGGGAAGGAAAAGACGAAUCAGGCUACGGGUCGUCGGCGGCGGAGAGAGCCCUGCAUUUCCUGAAAGACAGCGGUGGCGGCCCGACAGACGAGAUGUCAGUGCACCUGCGCACUCUAGGAAACGUCGG